UUGUGGUCUGUGGUUUAUGGCCUUGAUUAGACUUCAGGACAUUCGUCUCGUCGGCUAGAUACCAACGAUGAACCUGCUUGUGAUAGUCACGCUUCUUGCUAUCAGCACUUGUGCCUGGGCAGUAUCAUACACCUGCCAUGGUGACGUCAGACGUCUUCAUCCCACCGGUAGAGCCAAUGGAGGUGUUACAACAUCCAAAAAUGAAGUAGAGCACGAUUACCGUGACCUGAACAACAAGAAAUCUUGUUACUACGCAUCAGGCGCGGCGCACUGUAUCCAGCCGUCGGUAAUUGCCGCCUUGGCCAGUCGGGAAUCACGUGGGGGACGUCUUCUGACGUCAACAGGAGGAUGGGGAGACCAUCACAAUGCCUACGGUAUAUUACAGUGUGACACCCGCCACCACAACUUCUGCGAGAAUUAUGCUUGGGACAGCUGUGAACACAUGGAACUUAUGGUCAGGAAUGUUCUUGUUCCCUACAUUACCCAGGUGGCGCGUAAGCAUCCCACGUGGUCCCAAGAUCAGAAGCUCCAAGGUGGUAUCGCUGCCUACAACUUUGGAGUAAGAAACGUCCAGUCCUGGGCCAACCUUGACGGUGGCACAACACAAAAUGACUACAGCAAUGACGUAGUUGCGCGUGCUAAACGUCUCAUCGCAAAUCACAAUUGGCAGUAAAAUGUUGUUCAGCACAAAGGAAUGACACGAAAUUAUGUUUUGUUGCUAAUGGCUCACUCGCCACAAUAAUAAAAGUUGUACUAAAGUACUAGUGUUCU